GCGAGCAGAAUUAGGUUUGAGAUCAGCAGAUCUUCGUUCGUAUGUUUACUCACCCGUACAUUUUUGAAGAUGACGGCUUCUCUUAGCGAGGAACUGAAGACGUUGGCUCAACGCCUUGAGGCAAAGGGCAUCACGGAGGCAGAGUACAAUAUCCUGGUGAAGGACGCCGUCGCUCGCCACAACAAGGGUGUUAAGGACACCGUGUCGUACUUGGCAGAGCAGGCCGACUACCAGCUGUCCCCGUGGAAGAUCGGCCUCCAAGAAGCACAGGACUUCUGGGCAGAUUGCCCCGACCUGACGGAAGACAAGAUCAAAGAGAAAUUUCUGCGCAUGGCGAAGCACAAGCAACUGUCGCCGAUGAUCGUGUUGGUGUGCAUGUAUCUCCUAUUCACAACGGAUAAGGAGAUUGGCAGAACGCGGAUUCUGCAGCUCCUCCUGUUUGCACCGAGCGAUAAAAUGGUCGACUACCAUAACUGGCACAUAUAUGAAUGUUUGCUCCCUCAGGAACAGCGCAUCUUCGGCGAGCUCAUCGCUCAUUGCCCGUUGCCUUUCUACCCCCCUUGGCCGGAACUCUCUCACUUGAACGAGGAAGCGCGACAGAUCGUACGACAGGGUAAGUCGCUGAACGGAGGUGGCGACGCCCAUACCGACAUCACGGAGAUGAGGAGGCUGUACGGUACGACAUCUCUCGAUGUACUGGAGGGUGCUGGUUUCGAGCCGGUGCUGAACGCUCAAGGCGAGCAGAUCGCGGCUGUUGAUCGGUCGCUGACAGAGGCCGCCCUGCAGCAGGUGCAACAAAGCAUCCAAAACCUUUCAGCUGCGCUGGCCAAGAGUGCCUCCACCUACCGUGGCAGGGGCCGCGGCGGUGGCCGGAGCAGGUGGUCGAGGUUGCAACAACUCGAGGGGUCGCGGAGGAAAUGGCCCUUGGGCAUACGGCGGCGGCGUCACCGAGAAGGACGAGGCCCCCAAAAAACUGAUGAAACCCGCGCGCAAGAAGAGUUCCCGCGGUGA